UCAUGUCGCGUAGGCGGAGUCUGACUUUAAUACUCUCGCUAUGUGCUGCCUUCCAGUGACUGCCGUUCCGUACUGUAUGCAACAAAAGCAAGCGGAUGGAAUGAAUCGAAAUAGCCUGUAAUUCAGGUUUUCAUAACUCACCUUAGAUACGGCGCUGUCUCUCGGAGAAAACGGGAUUGUGUUUCGGGAAGACACAGGCUCUGACACAUGAAAGGAAGAAGCGUCCAGAUUCAUAGUUGUAGUUCAAGUCUGUUUAUCUUUUACACGCAGUCUGAUCUGCACAAGGCAGCAUUUCAGAUCAGAUUUCAGAUUAACUUCAGACCAGCUGGAAGAGCAGAGAGAGCGAGAAAGAGGGCUUCCCCUCUGACUCUGUGUCUUGGAGAACACCGGAGCGCGAGAGUGCGAACCAAAACGUGGAACCCCGAACCCGGGUGGGAAGGUCGGAAUUUGGUCAAGGAUUCUCAUUUGCGAGAUUGACGCGGAGGUGAGAGUUUAUAAAUAGAUCGGAAGAAAUGGACGAGCAGCCGCGGUUGAUGCACUCUCAUGCGGGAGUAGGGGUGGCAGGGCACCCCGGCCUGUCGCAACACAUGGAAGGCACGGGAGGAACGGAAGGCGAUGGGAGAAAACAGGACAUUGGAGACAUUUUACAGCAAAUAAUGACCAUCACAGAUCAAAGUCUGGACGAAGCUCAAGCCAGGAAACACGCCUUGAAUUGCCACAGGAUGAAGCCUGCUCUCUUCAACGUUUUGUGUGAAAUCAAAGAAAAAACAGUGCUGAGUAUCCGUGGCGCCCAGGAGGAGGAGCCUCCAGAUGCCCAGCUCAUGCGAUUGGACAACAUGUUGCUGGCGGAGGGCGUGUCUGGACCGGAGAAGGGGGGCGGUUCUGCAGUGGCAGCGGCUGCGGCUGCAGCCUCAGGAGGCGGGGCAGGAGCAGAUAACUCAGCGGAACACUCGGACUACAGAGCCAAGCUCUCUCAGAUCAGACAGAUCUACCACACAGAACUGGAGAAAUAUGAGCAGAUGGUAUCCCAUGGCGGAUGGAGGGGGGAGAGUUACACAGGGAGUCAUGGCAACGGAAACAAGGCUUGUAACGAGUUCACAACCCAUGUGAUGAACCUGCUGAGGGAGCAGAGUCGCACGCGGCCCAUCUCUCCCAAGGAGAUCGAGCGCAUGGUGGGGAUCAUCCACCGCAAGUUCAGCUCCAUCCAGAUGCAGCUCAAACAGAGCACCUGUGAAGCCGUCAUGAUCCUGCGCUCACGCUUCCUCGAUGCCAGACGGAAAAGACGGAACUUCAACAAGCAGGCGACAGAGAUCCUGAAUGAGUACUUCUACUCUCACCUGUCUAACCCCUACCCUAGUGAAGAGGCCAAGGAAGAGCUGGCCAAGAAGUGCUCCAUCACAGUUUCACAGGUUUCCAACUGGUUUGGAAACAAAAGAAUCAGAUACAAGAAAAACAUUGGAAAGUUCCAGGAAGAAGCCAAUAUGUAUGCUGCCAAAACUGCAGUCAACGCGACCAACGUAUCCUCACAUGGAAGCCAGGCUAAUUCGCCCUCCACCCCAAAUUCUGCAGGUUCUGCUGGCUCUUUUAACAUGUCAAACUCCGGCGACUUGUUCAUGAGCGUGCAGUCUCUCAAUGGGGACUCGUACCAAGGUGCUCAGGUUGGAGCCAACGUGCAGUCACAGGUGGAUACCCUUCGCCAUGUUAUCAGUCAGACAGGCGGAUACAGUGAGGGCCUCACAGCCAGCCAGAUGUACAGUCAACAGAGCAUCAAUGCAAACGGAGGCUGGCAGGAUGCAACCACCCCCUCAUCAGUGACAUCACCCACAGAAGGACCUGGAAGUGUUCACUCUGACACGUCCAACUGAUCCCUCCACCCUCCACCACCAUCCAGACACCCCCAACCUCCACCCUCGAUCAGCCAUCCCCCAGUCAGCUCCCCGCCAGAACUGUAGGUGUCACUAGACUGGUCACAGAGCAAGAGACCUCUCUCUGCAGGUGGGGACUACAGGAUGAAACGCCAUCAUCACCACAGACAGUUCUUCAUGUCUUAUGUCCCGUCUCUACAACCAACUAUGACACAGUCAGUCAGUAGCCUGAGUAGGGCUCUGUUCUCCCAUUUAUCUACGACCUCAUUCACUGUCUGUACACUUUUCUUCACCAGAUAUCCAUGUUGCCUCUGUGUGAUCAUCUGACUUAUAACACAGUAGGCAAAUAGUUACAACACGUAUACACAGUAUUGCCCGUAUCUUGUAGAUUGAAAUGCUUUUCUCACUACCUCUAUUGAAAAUAACAACAAAACAACAACUUCUAAAAAUGAUUGUUUUUUUCCCUUUGUAAUUACUGACAUUGACAGUAGCUCCCAAUCUCCCUUGUCCUGUCUCAAGGCUUGUUUUGAGGACAGUUUUGCCUCUGUGACAAGUUUUACCCUAUAUAAUUACUUAAUUCCCAACAUUUGUUUUGUCCAUAGUGCCAAAGUUCAACACAGGAGGGGAAUUUUUAUAAUAUGACAUUGUGCUUGUGGAAAAAUACAUAUCCAUCUGACGUUUCACAUCACAUACUGUAGCUUAAUAACAUUUCUUGUUAGUAGCUAACAAUGGGCUGAUUUGAAAGGAGAACCUUGAGAUUCAAAUGUUCCUCCUCAUUUUAGGCAUUCUGUUUCAGAGCUACAAUGGUCCAUAAAACAUGACACAUUUUUAGUGCAACAAUGGCGUGUGUUCUGUUCAUACUGAAUGAGUGGUCGACAAUGCAUAAGCAAAACACAAAAAAGUAACGGUAUGCUCCAGAAUGAAUGGAAAGGAUGGUUUGGAAGGUUAUAAAGAAAUGGAUCGUGGUGAUUCUAGCUUCAUGGUGAUUCUAUCUACUGGAAUUCUAAUGGAUUUCCUGCACUUGACAUAUUGUUUGUAGCGUGGACUGAGUAUCAGUUCAAAAAAUGGAUCCGGAACACUUAAUCAGUGAGUACAUUAGCAUCAAUUAAAAUAUGCCAAUAUAAUGUCUUUAAGCACAGUCACUUCCAGUGAUUACCCUACGAAGGGUAACAUAUGUAUUUGUCAAAGAGAAGAACACAGUACAGAGAACACACAUUAAUAAUAUGCUUAUAUCAUUUUCAUAUUUUGAACAUAUGGUGUGUGUACAUACACAUACAUACAUACACUACCAUGAUCACUAUCACUGUACAUCAGUGUAAUCAAAAUAGCCAAAUACUGCUGGUAACCAAAACCACUUGUGUAAGGUGUAAGUGCAAAAAAGGCAUUUUAAUGUAAAUGUUCAUUCUGAUGUUGUGUAACCAGGUGGUAGUCAUGGAAUACACAACUAAACACAAUUCUAAAAUCUUUCUCAAAGUUACUCUUUUCCCUCAUAAUUUUUUCAGUAGUAUAUUUCUGUCCAUUUAUUAUUGUCACUGAGUUUGAACAUCUAUCAUAUCAUCCUCUUUUUACAUUUUGGUUAUCAAGGUUGGUCUCUACUCACUCUUAUAUUACAGCUUUCUCCUAGCAUUUGACUUGAGUCUAAAUUACGCAAAAAAUCCAAAAUGUGAUAUUAGAUUUAUUCAUUUUGUUGUAGCUACAGUAUUUGCUUACACACAAUUACACAUUGCCUUCUUGUGCAAUUCAACAUAUCUACCCUACCAUUCCCUUGAUACCAAAAAAUAACUGCAGAAGCUUCAGCUCUACAGAUUGGAUUCAGCUUAACCAAUUUAGCUUUGUUUGUUUUGUAAAAUGGUGUAUUAUCUGAAGUAUUCAUCUCAUAGAAAUGUUCAGGUACUCUCUCUGUACUACAAAACCAAAAAUACACUAGUGUUUGUUUAUAGAUAUGACAUGGAAAAGACUAACCCUGAUGGCACACAGACAGAUACAGAAGAUGUUGGGAUAUAUUUUUAUGUCCUCAUGUUUUGAAUAACUUGCAUCAUCAUUUUUUUCUUUAUAGUUUUGCUUUUAUUUUGCGUGGUUACAGGAUGUACAGUACGUCAUAUUGUAUUUUCUUGCUAAAGGUAUGCUCUAUAGAGUAUAAGUAGAUGUGCACCUUUAUUCUGGUUUUACAUUUUGGGGGGG